AUGGCCUUUGUGUCGGGUGGGGGACAAUCCUCAUCCAAUCAGCCACAACAACAAAUCCCAUCAACCAAUCAAUCACAGCACUCAUUUCAAGCUUUCCCCUCGCAAGCCGCCAUUCUACAACAGCAAUUGCAGGAAUCACUCGUACAACAGCAACAACAGCAACAAGGAGCCGCUGCUCAGCAGAAUCCAAUGGUGCAACAGUUGCUGGCUCAAGUGCUGCUCGCACAGCAGCAAAAUGCUCAACACCAACCAGCGCCACCGCCACCACCGCAACAGCAAUCGAAUCAGCAAUAUUUGCUAGGAUUGUUACAGAACCAAUUGACUAUGCAACUCCUUCAACAGCAACAGCAGCAAGUGCAACAGCAACAACAGCAACAGCAGCAACAACAUCAACAACAGCAGCAACAGCAACAAGCGCUUGCUCAAGCCCAGGCCCAAGUUCAAGUCGCUCAGCCUCAGCCAACACAAAUUGCUCAGCCUCAACCACAGAAUGCAGUCAAUCCACUACUUUACUAUCAAAUGGCUGCUCAGCAACUCCUCGGUGGCCAAUCUCAACAAACUGCAUCCGCUUCUCAACCAGUCACCCAAACAACUCAAUCGAUGCUUUUGCAGCAAAAUCCGUCAACUUCAGAAUUGCCACAAUCUCAUGAUCACUUCCAGAGAGCUCAAUCAUCGGCAGCUACCGCUUUUCAGCCAGUUCCUCAAACUUCAUCAAUGAAUGGGCCGAUCCCAGCGAGAAUUGCAGAGAAUUACGUCGAUCAGCCAGUCUACUCAAAUCAUCGUUCACAGCUUAAAGAAGAGAAACCACAGAUUUCUGAGCUCUCCGUUCAGGAGAGAAUAUCACGAUUAAUAAGCGACAAUGAGGCGAUCAUUCAACAGCCACAAGUCAUGAUAAAGCGAAGACCAUAUCAUCGAUCGACUCUUGGCUCACAAUCAAGUAUUGAAACCGAUCCACAGAGUGGAGUUGGCUCUAAUCGGACUUCACCUGGUAGCAAUGGUUUGGCGUUAGUUCGAGAGCACAAGAUGCCAACAACGAGAAGUCAAUCUCUUUAUGAGCCGAUUCACGGUAUCAAAGCGUUUGGUGGUGGAGGAUCGCUGACUUCUGGACAACCGAUUACCCGAAUUGAUAAACCAGGCACAUCAUCUCAUCAAUGUACGUAUUGUAUGGUGCAAUUUAACAAUGCUCAAGCAGCUUCUCUUCACGAAUUGACAUGUAGUAAAAGAUCCGAUUUGCAAAGACCUCCUCCUGCUUCGACAGCUCCAAAACUUGAAGAAAUGAGAAACUCUGAUUCACCGAUUGUCAUCGAUAAUCGCCAACAUCCACUGAAGAGACGACUUUUAGGCGCUGUAUCUGAAUCGCCGAACAAAAUCCCGAAAGCAGAAAUGUCAAGCCCGGCUCCGCACGAGGAAAUGCUCACAAUGCCGAUUGCUCCCGAGAUUCGAAGACCUGUCCCUGGAAUUUCUUCUGGACUAUCGAGACGAGCCACUGUUGCCUCGUUAUCUGUUGAAACUGUGGCCAAUUCCACUAUCCCUUUACAAUCUCUGCAAAGCUAUCAGGCUGCUGCUACAAGCAAUCUUCAGACUUUGCAAGCUGCUCAAGCGCAAGCUCUACAAGUUCAACAACAACUCAUCCAACAGCAACAACAGAUCCAACAGGCGCAAGCUCAAGCACAGGCUCAAGCUCAAAAAGAAGCAGCUAUCCAACAACUUGUGGCUCAAGCCAAUCAGCAGAACAGUUUACAAUUGUUGACACAUCUACAGCAACAACAGCUACAAGGACAAACCAAUGCUGUUCAAACGAUUAUUCAAUCAUUGAUCAAUAGUGGAAAUCCAUUAGGCCCGCAUUUAGCUCUGCAAUUGGCUCAACAAGCCGAAGCUGCUCGUCAACAACAACAACAAACCCAGCUGCAAUUGUUGCAAAAUCCAUCACAACAAAUGCUGCAACAGUUAGGACAACAAUCUGCUCAAUCAACUGCUCGGGUCAAUCAACAGGCAUUGUUGCAAGCAUUUGCUGAAGCAAAGCUAUCCGAUCGACAAGAGGCCGGCAGCUCAACACAAUCAGCUUUCACUCCCCGAAAUCUCGAGGUGAAAACAGUGCCGCCACAAGUCCCAAGAGCUACUCAAUUGGUUGGAUCAAUUGAAGUGAUCAAGGCUCAGUUGGAAGCUCCAAGUGUACCAUUGAUUGGAGAUGUGAACAAGCCUUACACUCUUGUGUUGAGUGCAGCGGAUGCAAGCAAAGUGGCAGAGAGUUCAGAGGCUAAGAAAACAAAUCAUCAACGAGCCAUUGCAUCUGAUACAUAUUGUUGUUUGAAUACAUUGUUGCCAUCAUCGCGCGAAGCGAUUGCAAAAGAAAGUGCUUACUCGGAUCAAUGGAAAAAUAGUCGAGCCACCGAUAUCGAGAAAGCGUUGAACAAGCUCUACUUGAGCACAUGUCAAAUGACACCUGGUCUAGGUAUCAAGGAGUAUUAUCGAUUCACUUCUGCUAAUCGUGAAGGUGGUCAACUCCGAGUCACUCACUCAUCUUUUUGGGAGAUCUCUACAAAGUUGCGUCUUCGACAGAGUCAAUCGGUGGCUCUACUCGCCGCCAUGAGCUUGCAAGGACCGACGAACGGACUCUACGAAUACGGUGCCAAGAGGCCCAGUCUUGAACAACAAGCGAUGGCCUCAAUCGUGCCGGAAAUGGUUAUCGGCUACAAGCCACAACUUCCCAUCACCACACAAAUCUCACCAAUAGUUCAACAAGCAACACAAAUCAAAAUUGAAAACAAAUUUCAACAAGAGAGACAAGAGAGACAAGAGAGAAUUUCACCACAACAAGAUGAAGUUGAAGUGAUCCAUAUUGAAAAACCAAUCACAUCAGCGGCAUCAAGCUUCCCAGCUCCACUACCUUUGAAAAGUAAAGAGAAUAAAGAAAAUGCACCAAUUGAGUCAAGCAAAUCAACACGAGAGAGUCGAGUCUCAAGAAAGGAUUCGGGGAAAUUAGAGAAGAAGGAGACGGUGAUUGGCGCUCAUCGAACUGACGAGGUCUACGUUUACGUGAGAGGGAGAGGCCGAGGCAGGUAUAUUUGUGAUCGUUGCGGGAUUCGCUGCAAGAAGCCGAGUAUGCUCAAAAAGCAUAUCAAAUCUCACACCGACGUUCGACCAUAUCAAUGUAAACAGUGCAAUUUCUCGUUUAAGACCAAGGGAAAUCUCACAAAACACAUCGCCUCUAAGAGUCACCGAAAGAAAAUUGGUGAAAUACCAGGACGUGUCAUUGAAAGCGAUGAAGAGAGUGAUCGUUUGGAGAUUGCUGAUGAGGAUGAAGAUAUGGAGGAUAAAAUGGAAUUUGAAGAUAUGGAUCAUAAAGAAAGCUCCGAUGAUUCUGAUGAAGAGGAUUACACAAAUAUGGCCGAAUCAAUGCCAUAUCGGAAAUUUGGUUUCGGACAGGAAAACAUUUUGGAGGAACGAGCCACGCAUACACCGCCAUCAAGAUGGGUGUUGGUUGAAGAGAAAACGACCAGGAAAUGGCCUGAGCCCGAUGUUCAGCGAAAUUGCUCAUCAGCUCCUCCUGCUGCAGCCGCUUUUCAGACUCCGCCAAUCCCUCCCAUUACACUUAAAGAAGAAGCUUUGAUUUUAACUACUCCAACUGUCACAUCAGUACUCUUCCAUCAAAAUCCGACCACUCAAUUGAUUGGAUCAAACACAUCAAACUUUCUAUCACCAUUCCCCGCCACAAUGAGCUCAGAAACUCCUGUUGGAACAGCUCUUCUUUCCGGAGAUUCCUCACUCUAUGGACAAUUUCUUUCAAAAGAGGAACAUCCUUGCACUCAAUGUGGAAAGAUUUUUCGUAAACAAGCUGAGUUAACCCUUCACCAGCAUACUCACAAUAUUGAGCGGCAAACAGCGAAGAAUCGAGUUUUUCAAUGUCCCGAAUGUCGUCAACCCUUUCGCUCAAAGCCACUCUUGAGUCGACAUAUGGAGACAGCACACGGGAUUCAGUUAUCACUUGAUGCUGAGCCUCUUGCUCUUGGAGAUACCAGUGUUCAUUCUGUUCUAUCAAACACUCCACCAGCAAAUCCAAGAUCAUUUCUCUGUUCUGAUUGUGGAAUUGGUUUUCGAAAGCAUGGAAUUCUCGCAAAACACUUGAGAAGUAAAACUCAUGUGGUUAAAUUGGAAGGACUUGGCCGUUUACCAGUAGACAGUUUGAAUUUGAUUAUGAAGAAAGACAGUGGAGCUUGUCUCAAUGAUAUCGAUACAACGGACUGUGAGAGAGCUCGUGCAAGUUUAACUGCAAUUGUUGAGGCAAUUCGAGCCGAAUUUGCCACCUCCGAUCCUCCGACCAAUCAGCCUUCAAGUUUGACACAAACGAAUUUCGUUUUACCGCUCAUUACAACUCCUUGCGAUUCGCAACUCACUCAACCUGUAACUGCUAUGACUUCUUCUCCUCAAGCGAAUACUGUCACUUCAACUGCUACUUUUUCGUCAGCAACUCCGAUUCCAGUCAGCCAAAAUCUAUUGAAUACCGCUGCUGUGAUUGCUGGAUUGGCUUCUCCAAGAAGACCGAGUGUCUCUCAUCACAAUGGAUCUCCAAGAAGAAAAAAAGAAGAAUCCCCAUCGAUGAGACCUCGUGGUGACUCGUUCAGUACAAUGUCCUCACUUGAGCCUCAACAUCGACGAAGAGCCGAGACUUUUGGAGCAAUUUCUAUGAGAGAUCUCUAUUCGAGAACAAUUUCUGCGAAUGUCUGGGUGCCACCAAAAGCUGAUUCAUUGGAACGACCAAGAGUGCCGGAUGCUUGGAGUAAAGCAAGCACUCCUGGAGAUUGCUCAACUGAACCAGGCUCAUCUCGAUCAGAUGAUAUGGACUCAAUGCGCUCUUCAUCCUCAACACCUGUGCAUCGAAUCUCAAACGGUCAUAUUCCUUCUCCAUUAAUGGGUCCAGGAAAGUGUGCUCUUUGUGAUAUCACCUUUGAGACACAUGUCGAGUUGCAGGUUCAUAUGCAUGCUGAUCACAUCUCGAUGCGUGAUGGAAAGGAUUUUCGAUGUCCGAAGAAACAUUGUGAUAAGGUGUACCCAAGUCGAGACAGUCUUCGCCAACACAUUCAGACUCAUUACCAACGGGGAUUAGUGUUAUUGGCUCCAGUGAUUCCAAUUGAGAAUCCAGAAGCUCCUGGAAGGGCAUCACCAUUAACUGACACAGAAAGCAGCUGUCCUCCAAGUCCCGCCGAUGGAAUGAGAGACGAAAGAUCGAACUCGAUCUCAGCUACAACACUCCCGAUUCCUCAAAUCCCUCAACCAGCUCCUCCACCCGCACAACUCAACUCACUCCCAUGUGUCGUUUGCGGGGAUCGUUUCGUUGACUCAAUGACUUUACAAGAACAUUGGUUGAGUCAUGUCGCUAAACGGCCACAUAUCUGCUCGGUUUGCGAUGCUGGAUUCACAACACUCGACGCACUCAACUCGCAUAAAGUCUCGCACUUCAGCAAUGGAAAUACAAAUGGGAUUGAAAAAAUGGACACUACUCCAUUG